ACGGCUUAUGUGGUGUUUGGAGUUAUGCAAGAUGGUCAAAAGAAAAGCUUCCCAUCUUCUCUUCAGAGAGUGCCGGUUGGCAGAGGUAGUGGAGCGGUCACACUGAAGAGAGAGCACAUCACACAGACCUUCCCAAACAUCCUCGACCUGGUCGGGAAAUCCAUAUUUGUAGCUGUCAGUGUGCUGACGGAGAGCGGUAGUGAAAUGGUGGAGGCAGAGUUGAGAAGUAUCCAGAUCGUCACAUCACCGUACACCAUUCACUUCACGAAAACACCCAAAUACUUCAAACCAGGAAUGUCCUUCGAUGUUGCGGUUGAAGUUGUGAAUCCUGAUGAGACUCCAGCACAAGGUGUUGCAGUGGUGGUCGAUCCAGGCAACGUGCAGGGCUUCACCGCAGCCAAUGGCAUGGCAAGGCUCACCAUCAAUACAGUCGCAGGGAACGCAAGACUGACAAUCAGC